AUGACAGGUGGUACAGCACAACCAUCAAUUUCAACACAACCUCCUCCCCUACCAGUUAGACCAUCAACACAGCUCAAUUCCUCAAUGAUGAAUAGAUAUGGUUACAGUGGAAUGGGAAAUGUUUAUGGUGGUAUGGGGUAUGGUCCAGGAUAUGGUCUAUAUAAUAAUGGCUACAGUUCAUAUGGUAGCUAUGGUAUGAACAGAUAUGGUUCUGGUGCUGAACCAAUGGGAACAUUUGCUCGGCAAGCAGAAGAAAAUUCUCGGCCAGCAUUUGAAUCAAUACAAAGUAUUGUUGGUGCCUUCACUUCAGUCAGUAUGAUGUUAGAUUCCACAUUCCAAGCAGUGUAUAGUUCAUUCAAUGCAGUGAUUGGUGUGGCUGAUAAUUUUUCCAGAUUAAAGAUACAGUUAAUGCAGUUUGUUUCAGCUCUUGCCUUUAUACGGACAUUAAAGUAUAUGUAUCGGAGGUUGUUAGAAUUAUUGGGUCUUCGAGCUCCAGGAACUGCUUCUGAGGAAUGGAACAAAGCUUUUACUGCAGCGGCUCAAUCGGCUUCAAAUGAUCCAAAUGGAAAGAAAUCAUCCUGGCCAAUCCUUAUGUUUUUUGGAAUAAUAUUGGGAGGACCUUGGUUAAUUUGGAAGUUGAUUUCAUCCUUUACCCCUACAAGCACAGAGAUACCAGCUUGGGCCAGUGGUGAAGAAGAUCAUUUUGUAGCUGAUGUUGUAUAUGAUUUUACUGGUGAGACCAGAGAAGAAAUAGCUAUCAAAUCAGGACAAAGGAUAAAUAUUGCACCCAAAGAGAAGCAACCAAAAGUGAGGGGAUGGCUAUUAGGCUGUAGUGAAGGUAAAAUAGGACUAGUGCCCGCUAAUUAUGUUAAAGUAAUAGGUAAGAAAAGGGGCCAGAAAUCAAUGGAGGUAGUUGGUGCACCUAGCCAACUGGCUGAAACCCAGGGUCAACUAAAUACAACAGGGAAUAGUACAUUAGCAACUACUAAUGAAGAAGAAAUGGAUGCUAUAUUUAAUGUGCCUGAUAAUGUGGACAAUGCUAAUGUUGAAAAGGUGGAUGUACAGACUGAAUGUGAGACUAGCCGACCUAAACAGUGUUGCAGUAAAAAGACAUAA